AUGCAGCCUCAUGCCAACGGGACAGAGAUGGUCACCAGGCCUACCUUACACAUCGAGGCCCGAGUCAAGAAUGACGAAGACAUCAUCGUCCGAACAGACAUCAUCCGCGAUGAAGUGACGAAAUGGCUCUUGGAGACGUUCGCCGUGCUAAGCUUGGGACAGGAAAUAACCUCCUUCGCCGACAUGGAUGUCGGUCAAGCACACUACCUGGACGUGAUCAAGGUGAUGGAAUGUGUGGGUCAGCAGCAGGAGAGCGGCGCAUAUCGGCUAGAAGAAGUUGAGCUGAACGUGCAGGCAUACCAGCUCCGGGGAUCUGAUGUUGCCGACGACAACUCUCAGCAGACAUAUGCUGCUGCAAAUGGGAAAAGUGAUGAAGACGGGCCCCAAGCGCGGAUUAUCAGCCUCCCCAGUAAGGAGCUGGAUGGAAUGUGGGAGUCGCUCCUAUUUGAUGAGCUGAUACCGUCAACUCUGCUGCGAGCGGUGAGCAGGAUGCUUGUGUUCUCUUGGACUAAACUGAACACCUGGACGAUCAAUUGGAACAGACUUAUCCUGCUCUAUGGCCCGCCGGGGACCGGCAAGACCAGUCUUUGCCGUGGGCUAGCACAGAAACUGUCAAUCCGGUUGGGCAAACAGUUUGCGCAGAGUAAGAUGGUAGAAAUCAAUGCACACUCAUUAGGGAGUAAAUACUUCAGUGAAAGUGGGAAGCUCGUGGCCAGAAUGUUUGACAACAUCGAAAAUAUGCUGGAGGAGGAACCAGAUACAUUUACAUGUGUGUUCAUCGACGAGGUGGAAACAUUGACGGCCAAACGAGAGAAGAGCAUACAGGGCAACGAGCCCUUUGACGCAAUGAGAGCAGUAAAUGCUAUUCUGACAGCACUGGAUAGGCUCCGACACCGACCCAAUGUGGUUGUUCUUUGUACGAGCAACCUUACAACUGCUUUGGAUUCUGCAUUUCUUGACCGGGUUGACAUCAAGCAGUUCAUCCCUUACCCAACCAGCCGGGUCAUAUACGAGAUUUACAGGAGCUGCCUGGAGAACCUGAGCGAAUGCGGGCUGAUUCACGGAUCAACCUUUGACGUGAUCCGUGUCGAGCAGGACAAUCCAGCCACGGAGUUGAAGUAUGUCUCGUGCCCAGCAGAGACAUUGGUGCUCCCCAGCCAUACAGAGUUGGUGUUGUGGUACCAGCUUUUUCCGGAGUCCAUUCCCAAGCAGCUGGCAGAUGUAGCUGAGGCGAGUGUGGGGUUGAGUGGUCGUAGCCUGCGCAGACUGCCAGUACUAUCACUGGUUCUGCAUACAGACCACGCGAGUUGCAGUAUUGAGCAAGCCGUGCGGGCGCUGGCUCGGGGGGUGGAAGAGGAGAAAAGGGCCACUGCGGAGGCAGGCGAAAGUUCCUCACCAAUCAGCGCGCGUCCAACCAAAUUUCUCUUCCCUUGCAGCUUGCUCGAGUUUCUAUACACAACUCCCUCCGCCGCCGCUCUAAUCCAUCCGAGACAACCCCCCUCUCCCCCGCUUCUCUCAUCCGCAGCCAACUCCCUGCCACUGUCCCUCCACUGCGGCGGGAAUUCCACUCUCUGGAAACAUGUUCGCCAGAUCCAUUGCGCGCAAUGUGCCCGCCAAAGCCAUCUCCCGUCAGACUUUCCGACAAACAAUGGUAUGCCCGGUCAUCCUCCACAAUCCUUCCAAAACACGUCAUUGACCGCCAUUGACUGCCCUGCUCGAGACUCUUCCACAACCUCGGGUUCCCGCGUUGAGUCGCCCUUCUACCUGACCCUCUCCGCCUCCGCAGCCACUGUCACCGCUGUCGGCGCGGUUGCAUGGUACUACCAUUUAUAUGGCGAGGAGGCGUUUGCUAUGACACCUGCUGAAGAAGGGUUACAUCCAGCGAAAUACCCAUGGGAACAUACAAAAUGGACCAAGACAUUUGACCACCAGGCCCUCCGCCGCGGUUUCCAGGUAUAUCGCGAGGUAUGCAUGGCCUGUCACUCACUCACCCGUGUUCCGUGGCGCGCAUUCGUGGGUACUAUACACACUGUAGAUGAGAUGAAAGCCAUGGCCGAAGAAUACGAGUACGACACCGAACCUAACGACCAGGGUGAGAUCGAGAAACGUCCCGGCAAGCUGUCCGACUACAUCCCUCCCCCAUACAAGAACGAAGAGGCUGCUCGUGCCGCGAACAACAGCGCUCUUCCCCCAGAUUUGAGUUUGAUGGUCAAAGCUCGCCAUGGCGGCUGUGACUAUAUCUUUAGCUUGUUGACUGGGUAUCCCGAUGAGCCUCCAGCCGGGGCCACCGUUCAGGAGGGAUUGAGCUUUAACCCUUACUUCCCCGGAACUGGCAUCGCCAUGGCCCGCGUCCUCUUCGAUGGCCUCGUCGAAUACGAAGAUGGCACCCCCGCCACCACGUCACAGAUGGCCAAGGAUGUAACUGAGUUCCUCAACUGGACCGCUGAGCCGGAGAUGGACGAGCGCAAGAAGAUGGGCCUGAAAACCCUCGCCAUUACCGCUAUGCUGACCGCCAUCAGCAUUUGGAUCAAACGUUACAAGUGGGCACCCAUCAAGUCGCGGAAGAUUGUCUAUACUCCACCCGUUGGCAGGCCUCCUAUCGCCAAACGUUGA